GUUAGUGGUUCAUUCACCAUUUUGUGACUGUAGUGGAAAUGAGACUGAUAGUUUUUUUUAUCCGUGUUUGAGUUGCUGUGGGAAAAAGACAUGUUUGGCGGAGGAAAAGUAGUGUAAGUUUGUAUCCCACAGAUGUCGCCGACCGCAAGUGGAUGUCGUUCGGAAUUGGUGCGAGUCUUCCCCAUCUGCAUAAUCGGAGCAUAAAUCUUUCUCAUCCGAAGUAAAAACGUCCAUUGUGGCCUGCAGUGCAGAGAAAGAGCAAGGGCACAGAACGGGGGCAUAGGAAGAAAACACGCGAGAAAGCAGAAAGAAAGGGAGAGCGGACAAAAGAACAAAAGAACAGAUAGCAAGAGGUGCCUUGGAAACGUCCAGAGCCUGAAGUGCCAUGCCGCUCGGAGCACUUUGAAGUGAAGUGAUCCUGUGAGCAGUACCAGAGGCCGGACCACCGCAGAGACCGCACACCAGGACAUGAGGCCCGUGAAGAAGCAGGGUGGACGGCCCCCUCCAGCGGGGGCCAGGGGCCGGGGGGGGAGGAGGAAGGCCGUCUCCCAGGGGUCCCCGGAGAAGGACACCAGGAGGGAGCGGGUCAGGAGGGAGAGACAGGCCCCGCUCACUGCAGACGCACUCCGCAAGGAGCCCAUCACCAGUAGCAUUACCCCCAGGAAGAAGGAGGAGUCGAAGGAGGCGCAGAAGGCCGUGGUGUCCGCUGAGAAGAGUGGGAGGGGGGUCGAGGAGAAGAGGGAGGAGGGGAAGUCCCUCGGGACCAACGGCAAUAUCACGUUCUCCCACCGCAACACAGCCCCAACCAUAGCGACCUCUACCCCAACCCAACCCGUUCCCAACCCCGUUACGACCCCCGCCAUAGCAGAGAGCACACCGACGCCCGUCUCCAACCACGACGCGACCCCGACCACAGCGGUCUCUUCCCCAGCCACCUGUGUCUCCGCCCACACUCCAACCAUAGCAGCCUCUACGAAAGCGCCUGUCUCCAGCAGCCCGGCUUUGACCCCAACCAUACUAACCUCUACCCCGAUGCCUUUAUCAAACCACAGUGUAACCCCGACCAUAGCGACCUCUACCCCGACUCCCCUCCCCGUGACCACGACCCCCAGUCCCAGCACGGGCUCCCAUUCCAGUAGGAAAACAGCCACUUUUAAGGCCCGUGUUCCCAAGAAAAAGUAUACUUAUGAGCACUUUGUGAGCAAUGGCGGUGCCAUUGCCAAUAUCCCUACCUCCAGUCCGUUGCUUAUACAAAGCAGUUACCACAGCAAUGAUAUCACCAGAACUAGCUUGAUGCCCAGAAACAAUGGCAGUAAUUCGAUCACCAUUAGUAAUAGUUUGAGCAUCAGCGGACGCAUCAGCAGCGCCAUCACCAGUAACAGUGCACACGCUAUGAGUGGUGUGAAUGUCAGCAACCGUAGUGACAGUAGUACUAGCAGUAAGAGUAUUAGCAAUAGCAGUAAUAUAAUUAAUCCGAGCUCAGGUUAUAAGCCCUCAGCGCCAAAAGAAUACAGCAAAGCACCAGAAACGACUUCUCUCAGCAGUGUCUCCAACGAGGCUCACCCUAAAGCACUUCCCCAAGAAAGAGAGGCCCCCGCUGGGGAAAGCCACACAGAGGGCCCCCAGAACUCGGCCUGUUCGUCCUCCACCGACACGGCGAGCGAGAGCUCGGCCGACCUGGAGGUUAAGGAGGCGACGGGGCCCAGCCUCCACCAGAAGAUAGCAGAAGGCCUCGCUCACCUCCAUAGCAACCAUUCCAGAGAGGCCAGCCUGUCCGAGGCCCUGGCCAAGGGCCUGAAGAACCAGAGGGUGCUGGCUCGCAGGGCCAGGAGCAGCAGGGAGACCAGUGUCAGGGAGGAGAAGGGAGUCGCCGGGAAGGACUCAGGACCAAAGUCCCCGGUGUUCAGUCCGGGGGUGGUGCGGAGGGUGAGCGGGGGCAGCGUGGAGGUCCAGCUGCAGGGGGAGGAGGAGGGGGAGGGACUGGUCCGGUUCCCCUUCCUCGGGGGAGCCAGUAUGACCUCGUCGCCGGGGGACGAGGGAGCGGUGGACUUCAUCUUGGACGCGCCCCCGCCCGGUACGGCCCCCGUGGCCGUGGGGACCAGAGUAUGUGUGCCUUUUGGAGGAGAAGAAGGGAGACCCGUGGUGUUCAGGGAGGGGGUGGUCUCCCAGGUGGACCCCCACCCAGCCGUUUCCUUCCCCUAUCGGGUGGUCCUGGAGGAUGAAGCCCAGGUCCUGACCAAGGGCCAGGCAGUGUGGGUGUCCAGGCAGAGCCUGAGGCUGCUCUCCCCUCCCUGGGAGGUCCCACAGAUGGACGGGGGGAGGGAGCGGGAGCGGGAGAAGGAGCUGGAGAUGGAGGAGAGAGAGCGGAGGGAGGAGAUGGAGGUGGAGAGAGAGGUAUGUCAGCUGAGCAUUGGAAUGGGGGUGCUGGGGGGAAGCCCGAGGUCGGGGGCCCACGGCUUCCCUCCAGGAGUGGUGGGGGGGCACUCCUACGUAAGCACACACCUGUCUCUGCACUCCGCUACGGUGGCCGCCAGCGUAGCCACGAGCCCCGUCUACGGAGACACCGAGAGACAGAAGCAGCCCAACACCCCGGAGGUAGACAUGGAGGUCUCUAACUUCAACAUGGGUCCAUCGGGGGGCCAAAAGCCCGGUUCCGGGACCCCCCAGCACAGACACAUCCUCUCCAAGCCCCCUGGCUGCUCCUCGUCCUCCUCCCCUCAUCUGGCGGUGGCUCGGGGCCCCCUCUCCGCCCUGACCGGCCCCCAGCAGCCCCCCUCCUCCCCUGGCUCUCUGAGGCCUGAACUGAGCCUCUCCCAGGCCAGCCUCCCUUCCACCAAGACCACGCCCACUCAGACCCCCCCCUCUACACCCAGCACCUCCUCCUCGCGCUCCCGCACCCCGCUGUCGCUGGCGCAGCAGAAGUACAAGAAGGGCGACGUGGUGUGCACCAACAACGGCAUCCGCAAGAAGUUCAACGGGAAGCAGUGGCGGCGGCUGUGCUCCCGGGAGGGCUGCAUGAAGGAGUCCCAGCGCCGCGGCUACUGCUCCCGCCACCUGUCCAUGAGGACCAAGGAGAUGGAGGCGGCCGGGGGGGGCGGCGGAGGGGGGGGCAGCAGCUCGGGGACCGUGACCCCCUCGGACACGCGGGGGCGAGCGAGCAGCGAGUUCGACUGGGACGACACGUCCCGGGAGAGCAGCGAGGCCAGCAGCCGAGGGGACUCCCGGCCCCGGCUGGUGCAGGCGGCCCUCCUGCCCCACGACCUGUCGUCCCGCUUCGACAUGGACGAGUGCGAGGCCGCCACCAUGCUGGUGUCCCUGGGCAGCUCGCGCUCCUGCACGCCCUCCUUCUCCCCCAUCUCCAACCAGUCGCCCUUCUCCCCCGCCCCGUCCCCCUCCCCGUCGCCGCUGUUCGGCUUCCGGCCUGCCAACUUCUCCCCCAUCAACGCCUCCCCCGUCCCGCCCCACCGGAGGCAGCGGCAGCCCAGUGGGACCGGGGGGGGAGUAGGGGGUAGAGCCAGUGCCAGUGCGGCGGGCGAGCGGGAGAGGCAUGCCUCGGGGCAUCAGCCGUCAUUCCAAGCCAACCUGACCUUCACCGUCCCCACCAGCACCGCCCCGGGGAAGCGGAAGUCCGAGGCCGCCCCUCCCCCACCGCCGCCCUCGCACCACCACGACUACACCCCCAAGACGGAGCCGGAGCAGGGGGACCUCAACAGCUCCUUCCGGGUGCUGUCGCCGCAGACGCAGGCCUCCUACUCGCGCACCCAGACGCCCACCUCCUCACGACACCGCGGAGCCCGCACCCCCCCCUCCAGCAGACCCCCGUCCUCCACAGCCUCCUCCCCGCCUCCUCUCCUGAUCUCCCCCCUGCCCCCCUCCUCCCUGCCCCCCGACGGAGGGCUUCGCCGGGUGGUCCCUGUCCCCCAGCAGGCCCUCAGGGACUCCCCGGUCAUCGUGAGGAACCCUGAAGUGCCGCUGGCCAAGUUCACCGAGGGUCCCAUUGGGAGGGGGGGAAGCGGGGCCGAGGGGCUGCCCAAGACCUCCAAAGAGCCCGGGCUCGUGCCCUUCACCCCCCUGCCGGUGGCUGGCCUCCAGGUCCCCGUCCCCAUCAACGCGGCCUCAGCCACCGUGACCAACGGGACCGUCCUGCUCCAGAACCCGGCCCAGACCCUGGUGCUGGUCUCCCCCGCCCCCACCUCCCUGGCCCCCGGCGGCAUCAACGCCAUGCAGACCCUGUCCAUCACCGUCAGCAGUAACACCGCCAACGCCCCCAUCCCCGGCAGCAACGCCUGCCCGGCGGGGAAGGAGCCGGACAAGGCGGCGGCGUUCGGGACAGAGGUCCAGCAGCCGGUCCCCUGUCACCCCUCCCCCACCGCCCUGCUGCCCCUCAUCCUGCCCGCCGAGAACCUGCACCCCGCGCCCCGGAAGGACAUCAUCAUAGGACGCCCCGGCACAGUGUGGACCAAUGUGGAGCCACGGUCUGUUCCUGUGUUCCCCUGGCAUUCAUUGGUCCCUUUCCUGGCACCAACCCAAUCAGAUGCGUUUGCUCAGUCAGGAGAGGGCCAACAACCAAUCAAUCACCCUCAAGCAGCAAGUCUAAAGUCAGAAUGCCAAGGGAUGCCGGUGGUGUUACAGGAGCCUGCGGAGGUACCCAUGACCGUGGAGAGGGGUCCCCAGUCGCGGCCUCUCCCCUCGGUGGACGAGCCAGCUCCAGAGAGGGAGAAGGAGGCGGAGCGGCCCGACAGCGAGACCGAAAGUGACGUGGAUGACCCGUUCCUCCCGGGAGUCCUGCCAGACCCGCCCCUUUUGGCUGUACCGGUGAAGAGACGCACUCAGUCCCUCAGCGCGCUGCCCAAAGACGGGGACAAGAGCAGUCCUGGGAAGAGGGAGAAGGACCACAUACGGCGGCCCAUGAAUGCCUUCAUGAUCUUCAGCAAGCGUCACCGGGCGCUGGUGCACCAGCGGCACCCCAACCAGGACAACCGCACCGUCAGCAAGAUCCUAGGGGAGUGGUGGUACGCGCUGGGGCCCAAAGAGAAGCAGAAGUACCACGACCUGGCCUUCCAGGUGAAAGAGGCCCAUUUCAAGGCCCAUCCAGACUGGAAGUGGUGCAACAAAGACAGGAAGAAGUCCAGCUCUGAGGGCCGCGGCAUCCCUAGCGGUAAGGACGCCAGAGAGAGGUCCAUGUCUGAGACCACAGAGCCUCAUUCAGUGGAGCUGAAAGGGGCAGGGGCGGGUCUGGUGGGCGUGUCCGAGCGGAGCGCAGGAGAAGGUCACGUGGGCCAGCUGACCCGCCCCCGAGCCUUCUCACAGAGUGCCAUGCACAGCCUGGAGCGGGGAGAGAGGGGCAACACACAGGCACUGGCUGAGCUGGCGCAGAUGUGUGGCGACGGAGCGGGACAAUUCUCGGGCCGGCCCCCGCCUCAGUCCCGGGCCCAGCGGGGAGUUAGCGAGGACAUGACCAGCGACGAAGAGCGCAUGGUCAUCUGUGAAGAGGAGGGCGAUGACGAUGUCAUUGAGGACCCCUAUCCCACCAGCUCCAUCGACCUCAAGUGUAAGGAGCGAGUGACCGACAGCGACAGUGACAACGGUUCAGAAGACGAGGGGGAGCGCAAGCGGGCGUUUGCGCCGGUCAUCUGCUCCUCCUCCUUCCAACCCACGCCACACAGCAGGAGCGUCUCCCUCUCCUCCUACACCGCAACCAAACGCCACGACGAGGGCCGGCCGGAGGCGGGGGGGCUCGCCGACCGCCGGAGAAGGGCGGGAGAUGGGGAGAGUAAGGAUGGAUAUAGAGGAGGAGGAGAGGGAGGCGGCAUGACGUCCGCUCCUCUCCUGCUCUCCUCCUCUGGUAACUCGGUCAUAUCCAGCACCUCGGGCAUGGGCCUCCCUGCCUCCACGGUCGGCCACCUGGGCCUGAGCACCAUGGUGGGCAUGGGGUCGGUGAGGGUGGCCUCCACCGUGGUCACCAACGUUGUGCGUCCGGUGAUCAGCUCGCCGGUGCCCAUCGCCAGCAAACCCCGUGAUUUAGGCCCCUCCCCCGGCCCCCUGCACGACAGGAGGUCCAUGACCCCACAUCUGCAGCAACAGCAGCCGCAGCAGCUGCUGAUUGGCUCCGGAGCAGGAAGUGGGGCGGCGGUCAGCGGGUACUACUCCUCCCCCUCCUCAACGCACACCGUGGGUGCAGCGGUCGGUCCUGGAGGGGUCAUGACCAAUCUGGUGCUGGGAGGGGCGUUUUCCGCUCAGCCCACUGUGCAGCUCAUCUCCCCACCCCAGCAUCACCAGGCAGCACCACAACAGGCCCCUCCCACGAGCCACUUGGCAGCCCCGCACAGCCAGACCAACGGGCCCCUGCCCCUCUCCCUGCUGCAGCCCCACCUCCUCUCCGGCCCCUCCCUCACCUCUCCCGGGGGCAAGGCCGUCACACAGGUGCAGUACAUCCUUCCCACCCUGCCUACCAAUGCCAAGAGUUCGCCCCAGCACGUCAGCCAGCCAACCAGUGUCUUCAACCUACCCACUGCCCCGCCCACACACGUGUCCUUGGCCAAUGGGAAGCAACAUGGUUCAGGUGCUCUGGCCGGCUACGCGACCAGCCAAGGCGUGGGACUGAUCAGCCCUGGAGCCAGAGUGCAAACCCAGUCCCCGGGGCUCCAGGGCAAAAUGCUGGUUCCCAUGGCAACACUGCGGACUGUGCCGGCCACCUCCCAGCAGUUCCCCAUUGUUGCCCCACCCCUUCCUGUCCAGAACGGCGCUCAGGCAGGAAGCAAGAUUAUCCAGAUCGCUCCCAUGCCUGUGGUCCAGGCCCAGCUCCCCCAGGGCGGAGCGGUGCAUCCUGCCAGCCCCUUCCCCGGGACGCUGGGUACAGCUGCCGUCAUGGCCUCUGGGUCAGCUCCCUCGCAGACGCUGCUGCUGCCACCUGCCUCCACCAGGAUCACCUAUGUGCAGUCCACUCCAGGGGUCCCCUCCACUUUGCCCUUAGUCUCCACGACGACGGGCUCCUCCCCCAGCCAUCAGGCUCUGCCGUCGGCCGGAUCUGCAUAUGUCCCUUCGACCAUAGCAACGCUGGGCUUCACCGCCCUCGCUCCCCCAGUGCAGCCGCUGAUGCCAGGUCAACCAGCGCUGCUCGCCCCCGCCCCGUCCCUACAGCCCCCCACCCCUGCCACCGGGGGGCAGGCGGUCACCACCAUCUACCCUGCCUUGUCCAGUGGCAACACCGGCGUGGUGUCCAUGGCGACCAUGCCUCCCAGCAUGGUCUACUCCGUCUCCAACCCUUCCGGCGGCUCCAUGCACAUUCUGUCCAAGCACACGGUGGGACCGCCGACCACCAUCACACACACCCACACCCUCAGCUACGCCCACCUGGACCGGCAGGCCGAGAGGCACGCCGAUCUGCUGGGGCAGCAGGACCGGGCCAUGGAGAGGCCGGCCACCAUCAAGACCCCCUGCAGCAGCGCCGGGUCGGCCAGUGGCCCGGCGGUGUCCAUGAGGGCCUGCAGCCCCCCACUCUCCAUCCACCCACCCGGCAGUGCACCGGGCACACCCAAACUCCCCCUGCCCUCCGCGAGGACCCCUCAGAAAGUGAAGGCCAUGGUGGCCAACAUCCCCGUGGGCAACUAUGAAGGAGGGGGCCGCGGAAAGGACAGGGACAGGGAGAAGGAGCGAGAGAGGGACCGAGAGAGGGAGAGAGAGAGGGAGGCAGCGGCCUCUCGUUUCUCCUUUGAGCCCGAGCCAGCGGGCUCCCCGUCCUCCCACCCCAGCGAGGAGCUGUCCUCCUCCGACAAGCACCCCGAAGGCACCAGCGCCGCGGACGCCUCCAGCAGCCGCAGCCGGGACAGCAGUGCCAGCAGAGAGACUGGAUGGAAGGAGUCCCUCCCCUCCUCUCCUCUCCCUCCCCCCUCUGAACCGGCACUGCCCCCCCCGCAGACCGACAAAGAAGCCCCCCCACCAAAGAAGAUCAAGGCCCGGCCCCCGCCUCUCAAGAAGACGUUUGACUCUGUGGAUAAGUCGGGCAGGGUACUGUCGGAGGUGUACUUCGAGGAGCGCUUCGCCGAACUGCCGGAGUUCCGGCCGGAGGAGGUGCUGCCCUCGCCCACGCUGCAGAGCAUGGCCACCUCCCCGCGCGCCAUCCUCGGCAGCUACCGCCGCAAGAGGAAGAACUCCACAGACCUGGACUCGUCCACGGAGGACCCGGUGUCUCCGAAGAGGAAGAGCCGGCGCCGUUCCAGCUGCAGCUCGGAGCCCAACACCCCCAAGAGCGCCGCCAAGUGUGAGGGAGACAUCUUCACCUUCGACCGGCCAGGCACGGACGGGGAGGACAUCCUGGGGGAGCUGGAGUUCGAUAAGGUCCCCUACUCGUCUCUGAGGCGCACCCUGGACCAGAGGAGGGCUCUGGUCAUGCAGCUCUUUCAGGAGCACGGCUUCUUCCCUUCAGCCCAGGCCACCGCCGCCUUCCAGACGCGCUACUCGGACAUCUUCCCCACCAAGGUGUGCCUGCAGCUGAAGAUCCGGGAGGUGAGGCAGAAGAUCAUGCAGACCGCCGCCCCCUCCGAGGUCUCCGGCCUCGGGGGUCCGGACUCCAUGCCUUCGCUCCCUGGGCCCUCUGGCUCCCAGUCCGGAGAAGGGUCCGGGGCAGGCGGUGGGGGAGGAGGAGGGGGGGAGCCGGGGGGAGCGGACGGGGAGCGACCAGGAGAGCACAGCCCGGGAGAUCCCCGGGAGUCCCAGGACUCCUCCAGAUGAGGGAAGCUGAUCGGUUUCUUUUCGAUUUGUCGGAUCAAUCAGCGACGGUCAGAGUCACGCCUCACCGCCACCCAGCCUGCCCCCCUUCCCGCCACCACCGGGGUGUUUCAGAGGUCGCACUCUUCACCUCUCUGGUCUCUUCCUCCCAUCUUUACAUCCUCAGUGGCCGACUUCACAGAGGAGAGGACACACAUAAGGUGUACAACGACGGGCAUUGAUCCAUUUGAGCCGUUAAUAAGCCCUGUACCAAAAAAGAUUUACAUGUGAGAUGCCAGUGGCACAAAAAACACCGUUAACACAAUACCAUGACGCACACACGGACACAUAACCACCCACACAUAACCACACACGCACACUACACCCUGUGGACUUGUAUUUCCACAGUUGAUUCAGCACUCUUGUUUGUAUGAACAACCUUGGAUAAGGCCUCCAUUGAAGCCAGUUAACUGCAGACCAUUGUGUUCACCUAGACCUCGUCUGGCCCUGAAGCAACUGGGGCUGUGGUCGGGACUUACAGGCUCUUGUGGCCCCUUUUCAGACUGUGGAAGAAGUCAGUAGUUUUAGUCAGUUAAACUAGUUUUAUUAUUUUUUAUUUAGAGUAUAAAUAAUUCUGAGUACCAAGCAGCGACAGACUGCAGGAUAUGAACAAAGUGUGUGUGUGUGUGUGUGUGUGUGUGUGUGUGUGUGUGUGUGUGUGUGUGUGUGUGUGUGUGUGUGUGUGUGUGUGUGUGUGUGUGUGUGUGUGUGUGUGUGUGUGUGUGUGUGUGUGUGUGUGUGUGUGUCACUGCUGGACAUUAUGGGGGCUGGGCCCUCAACGGCUGGGGACUGUUUCAUUGGAUGAGAUAACCUGUUGCUAUGGGGAUGGUUCAGAAUGGCCCUUUCAUGGAGUUCUUUUCACCCCAAUUUAUUGCUUAACUGUAGACAUUCGGGGGAGGUCUGUUCAAACCAAACGGUCUAAUCUUAUGUGGACAUUUUUGGCAGUGCCAUCAUCAUUAUCCUCGUCAUUUUCAUCAUGGCCAACCGACAUCAAUCAUCCCUUCCUGUGGUUGACCUCAGCAGAUGCCAGUAACUAGGAAAGCAAGCAUUCCUGUGCCUCAUUCGCUCGCCAUGAAGGAAGACGUGGGCCCCAGUCAAAAAGGCACAUCCUGUUCACAGCUGGACUGAAUCCUAUUAGUUGCCUCAACCACAAAUCCAUAUAUAAAGGAGGUUGGGGUUACCCAGCCUUAAUCCCUCCUGUUGCCAAGCAAUUUUAUUACCAGUUUUUAUUCAAUAUUAUCAUUAUACUUCAGUUUUGUUGUAUUUCUCUUGUUUUUAAUACUCUACUGUGUCAUUGAAGUAAAACCUGGUCCUUUUUAACUGACGGAUAUUAUUCUAAUUGUGACCAACCGUUAAUUUCUAGAGCUAGUUUUGAGGCAGGUGUGUGAGGACACUUACACAAACCCUCCAUUUUAGUCUUUCAUUCGGUUGCCCUCACCUCAACAUAGGACCUGUGGUGCACUUGUUUUCUUGAUUGUCACAAAGGAAAAAAAAAUCCUCUAAAUGUGGGACCUUAUAUUCCUUUUUAAAAGAGUAAUAAGUCAUGUCUUUUUUGACAACCCUGUAUUCUUUUUACUCCCUCACUAUUAAGUUGGAUUUUAUAACCUUCAUCCCUUUGCUUGUAUUCCUCCUCCCUCCACCUCUUUCCUUCCCUCCUUCCUUCCUUUGUCACUUUAUUGCAAACUCCAUGCACGGCCAUCUGGAUCGAUGGAGAGAAACUGGGGGAAGUAGGGCAAGGGUAAUUAAUCAAAGAGGGUUGGUAAGGGUAUAUUAUAUCGGUUGUCUUUGUGCAAGACUGGGUUGUGUUGUACAUAAUUACUGUAGAGUCAGUAGACUCGUUAUAUUGAGGAAAAAUGUGUCAUUGAAUAUACGUUGAUUUUAAAGAUGCCCAUUACUGAAGGUUAGACAUGGUAUGGAGGAAAAAAAAGUGGAUAAUUUUUUUUUGUAUUAUUCUCCUUGUUUUGCUGCUACAGUAAGUGAGAGAGGAAUUUAUAUGAAUAAUUUAAGUUUGUAUCUGUACCUUUCAGUAUACAAAUAAAGUAGAUGUUCAACUCA